GCACCACCAUGGUAACAAACCCCAUCACCACCUCCUCCUGAUCGUUGCAACUCUACACCUGAGCAGCAGCAGCUCCUCAUACCUGAGGAGCAGCUUGUGGAAGCAAAGCCAGUCACACUCACACGAUGGAAGGUGGACGGACAGUGGAGGGAGAGGAGCCAAACAAAGACCAUGGGGACAAGGAGGAGGAGGAGGAGGAGGAGAAGGAGGGGAGCAGUCUGGACUGGCUCAUGAGAGAAGCUGACAUAGAGAUUACUCCUAUGGAUUCCAACGUUUUAACGUCUAGUGUCGACAACUUCUGCAGCCGAGCGUUCACCAGGCAGCGAGUGUUUGAAGCAGCGUCUCAGGGGGACAGGGCUCAGCUCCUCGGCCUGCUCGACUACCUGCGACUUCAUGACCUGCGACUCACGAGCCCGGAAUACACAGAUGAAACCAACGGGAAGACGGCGCUCCUGAAAGCUUUGCUGAACCUCAAAGAUGGAAAAAAUGACACGAUUGAAGUUCUGCUUGACUUUGCAGAGAAAACGGAAGAUUUAGAAAAUUUAGUCAACGCGUCUUACAAAGAUCUUUGCUUCAAAGGUCAGUCGCCGCUGCACGUCGCCAUCGAAAGAAGAAGCUUCGACCACGUGAAGCUGCUCGUCCAGAAAGGAGCAGACGUGCAGGCCAAAGCCAACGGGAGGUUCUUCCAGCGCAAAGCAGGACUGGGCUUUUAUUUUGGAGAACUUCCACUGUCGCUGGCGGCCUGCACCAACCAGCCCAACAUCGUGUCCUUCCUCAUGGAGAACCCGUUCAGGAGAGCCGACCUGGCCGACCAGGACUCCCAGGGAAACACGGUCUUCCACACCUUGGUGGUCAUAGCGGACAACACCACAGAAAACACAGACAUGGUCGCGAGGAUGUACGACGAGAUCCUCGUCCAGCACAACAAACUAGAGAAAACACAAACAGUGAAGUUGGAGGCGAUUGAGAACAAUCAGGGGUUGACGUCUCUGAAGUUAGCGGCCAAGCUGGGAAAGAUCGGGCUGUUCAGACACAUCCUGCAGCGGGAGUUCGAGGAUGAGGAGAUGAGGCCGCUGUGCAGGAAGUUGACAGAAUGGGUCUACGGGCCGGUUCACUCCUCACUCUACGACAUGACGUCCAUCGACACCAGCGAAGACAACUCGGUUCUGGAGAUCGUCGUCUUCGGGAGUGAUAUUCCGAACCGUCCUGAGAUGCUCCAGAUCGAACCUCUCCGCAGUCUCCUCCAGGACAAAUGGGACAGAUUUGCUUCUAAACUAUUCUUGAUGAAUUUCUUGGUGUAUCUGAUCUACGUGACCAUCUUCACCGCCGUGGCCUACAACAGAAAGGUCGGACAGCCACCGUUUCCCAUCGAGAAGGUCCCGGCCGACGGCCUCCGCUGCACCGGGGACAUCCUCAGUGUCCUCGGAGCCGUGUGGUUUCUCUUUAAAGCGAUAAUCAUUUUCAGGAAGAACCCUCCAAACUUCAGGGCUCUUGACACAGAUGGAUUCUCUGACAUUCUGUUCUUCCUGCAGGCGAUUCUUCUUCUCGUCUGCGCGGUCGUGUACUUCUGUGGCCGGAGGGAAUACGUGGGACUCCUCGUGCUCUCGCUGGCUCUGGCCUGGAUCAACGUCCUCUACUACUCGAGAGGCUCCAAACAGAUGGGGAUAUACAACGUCAUGAUGCAAAGAAUGAUUCUGGGAGACAUCUUACACUUUCUAUGUGUCUAUGGAGUCUUGCUAUUUGGAUUCUCUGCAGCCAUCGUUUCUCUCAUGGAAGACACUACUCUUAAAAACGAUUCAGUUCCUCGUGGAAGGACUUUCGAUCUCGAGACGUUUACGUGCAAAAAGCCGAGUUACAACGACAUCCGCUUCACAACACUGGAACUGUUCAAGUUCACUAUCGGAAUGGGAGAUCUGGAGUUCACCGACCACGUCCAGUAUAAAGAAGUCUUCUACAUCCUGCUCAUCUCGUACAUUGUCCUGACCUACAUCCUGCUGCUCAACAUGCUCAUAGCACUGAUGGGCAACACGGUGGAGAGAAUCUCCAAAGAAAGUGAGAACAUCUGGAACCUGCAGAGAGCAUUCACCAUUUUGGACAUUGAGCGAACCGUGCCGAGGGGCCUGAGGAGCAAACUGUUCUCCGGAGCCUCGAAGACGGUUUGUCCAAGAGGCCAGAAGGACGAGCGUCGCCGAUUUUUCAGGGUGGAGGAAAUGAACUGGAGACAGUGGAGGUCGAAUCUCGGUGGGAUCCAUGAGGAAGACCCAGGAAAUGAAAUGAUGCAGUCGCAGCCACACACCCCGGCACCUCGGAACACGUGGAACCUGAGUCCGCUGUUGGAGAAGAUUCGUGCCAAACGUCACCAGCCACAGAAUCUCAGCUUUCCCUAAUGACCCCGACCCACAAACCCAGAAAAGAACAAAAACACCAGUGUAAAAGUUUCAUGUGAAAUAUUAAGUUGCCUCAGUGGCCUCUUCAGUCUAAAAGGGUUUAUUUUAAGAUAAAAUGGCAGCUUUUUUAUAUCAUAACAUUUCCUAAAAGAGACAGGAAUCUGGAAAUACUGUAUAUGUACCAUUAAUUAGUUUAGAUUAUAGAGAAAGAACCUUUGUAAUUAUACUUUUCUCACAAGACAUGAUGAAGCCCACAGCUGCUUCCAUCCUGUUGACCUGGGAGACACUGACCUCCUCCUUAGCUCCUCUCCUCCUUAGCUCCUCUCCUCCUCACCUCUUCUCCUCCUCACCUCCUCGUCAGUUUUGUCUUAGCAGUUCCUCCUUAUUUCUACCUCCCCCCUGAACGAGGUUUAAAGAGUUCUGUGAGACCAGGAGAUGACGUCAACUCAAAGACACUAAAUCCUCAUUGUUUGUAUUCCCCUCCGAAGCAGAGCAGCCAUUAACAAACACGUCUCAACGUCACACCAGCUCUCACUUGUGUUUGUGAAUAAUCAACUUGUUGUGUGGUUGAUCUACUGUAUUUUGAAGCAGCACGUUAACAAUGGUCAAAUAUUUAAUUUAUCAAAUAAAACUGUGAAUUAACAACAGUCUGUGAAUAAAGGUUGAUUGAUUGAUUAA